UGGAGUUGAAUAGUUAUAUUUAUAUGCGACCAAAGUUGUUGAACAUUAUGAGGAACUUUACUCACAAAAAGGAGUUGCUUAGGCCUGCUAAGACUCGAUUUGCUACAUGUUUCAUCACAUUAUCAAGUAUUCACAAGCAAAAGAAUAACUUGAGAAAGAUGUUUACUUCAGAAGAAUGGAAUCGUAGUAAAUGGGCGAAAGAGGAAGCCGGUAAAAGAGUUGCUUCUUAUGUUUUGAUGCCUUCCUUUUGGAACAACAUUGUCUUCAGCCUUAAGGUUUCCGGUCCUCUUAUUCCGGUUUUGAGAUUAGUUGAUGGCGAGAGAAAGCCUCCCAUGGGAUACAUUUAUGCGGCUAUGGAUAGGGCUAAAGAAGCCAUUGCAAAAUCAUUUGGGGGAGUAGAAGAUAAAUACUCAGAUAUUUUUGAAAUAAUUGAUAAGAGGUGGAAUGUUCAACUUCAUCACCCUUUGCAUGCAGCAGGUUAUUAUUUGAACCCAGAAUACUUUUAUUCAAAUUCAAAAAUUGAAGAAGAUGAAGAGAUUGCAAAGGGUUUGUAUGCAUGCAUUGCAAGGUUAGUCCCGGAUGUCAAAGACCAAGACAAAAUUACUGAGGAGCUGUCCUUAUAUUCUAAAGCUGAGGGCCUCUUUGGUAAUCCCUUUGCUAUUAGACAGAGAAGUACACGAGGACCAGCUAAUUGGUGGGAAGCUUAUGGCAAGUCAACAAAACUUCUCCAAAAGUUUGCUAUAAAGGUUUUAAGCCUUACUUGCAGCUCUUCUGGUUGUGAACGAAAUUGGAGCAUGUUUGAGCAUCUUCAUAACAAGAAAAGAAAUAGGCUCGCUCAAACAACGUUGAAUGAUUUAGUGUUCAUCAAAUAUAAUAGAGCAUUGAGGCGUCGAUAUAAUAUGCGUGACACUCUUGAUCCCAUUUUACUCGAUGACAUUGAUGAGAGCAACGAGUGGUUGACGGGGAGGAUGGAUGAUUCUGAUGCAGAACAUGAUCUAGUCUAUGAAGAUGAUUCCUUGACAUGGGGUGAUGUUGCUAAUUUUGCUGGUAUUGGAGAGGCAAGCAGGCCGCAACGGUCUACUAGAUCAAAAUCUAGUUCUAGUUCACGGUUACCAACAAAGGGAGCAGGAAGUUCUUCAGUUCGACUUGUAGAUGAGGAUGAGGAUGAUUCAGAUGAGAUAGAAGAGGAUCCUGAGAAUUAUGAAUCAUUUAGUGACGAUCAAAAUGAUGUUAUGCUUAUUGAUGACGAGGAUGAUAUUUAGAUUCAUUGGUGUUGUCUUCUUAGGAAGAAUGAUGUUUAUGUUUGUUUUGGUUUUAUCUUAUACUUCUCCUUAGUUGACUUUUGCAUCUUUAUGUUAAUAUGUUUGAUUAUUCACUGUUUUGAACUCAAGUACUUGAUUUACUUGGUUUUGGCAUCUUUAUGUUGAAUAUUUAGCUUAAGUAA